ACCCGAUACAUGCUUUUGUCAAUUCGAGCGGCCUUCACAAUGUCCUUAUAUCCAUUCUGGCAGCACCACGCCAUGAUGUGGCUCGAGAGGGACUACACCGCCAGUCAAAAAGGCCGUAUGAAGUCGUCUACUCGCCACUACAUUGGAUAUGAAUACUCGCCUGGAGUCUGCCUGGAGAAUGCUGCCAUCAAAGCACCGUGGAAUUGUAACGGCGUCGAUACGUACAUUAGCACUGAGAUUUUCAAGACCGGCCAUCUUGACGUAGAAUUGUGCGCUGCGGCAUGCACUGCCAAAUCAGCCUACAAUCUCCGGCAUCCGCCGGCGAAGGGAAAGCCAAAGACAUGUCAAUUCUUCAACACGUACCUGUUGUACAAGAAUGGCGUCAAUAUUGGACAGUACUGCGCUUUGUAUACCGAAACCUGGUCGAAAUCUUUUGCGAAGGACACCGGACACUAUCAAGGAAGGGACAGAUACACCAUCGGCUCCUCGUAUAGCUUCAGCAAUGCGAAAGACAAGGGCGUUCCCAAAUGUCUCUCGCCUAGCAGCUCUGCUAAAUGCUCCACGAAAAGCUCCACGAAGGUUCCGAGUAGCGUAAAGCCGUCUACGAAAUAUUCAAGCACGGCGAAAGUAUCUACGAGCACCCGGAAAUCGUCCACGAGCUCUCUUCGGAGUUCGCCACUAUCCUCGUCCCUACAUACGUCUAAACCGUGCACUACUUCAUCAAAAUCGAGUACUCGGAGCAGCUCUCACGCAAGCUCUAUGGCGACAUCUUCACUAAUCUCUACCUCAAGCUCUGCAUACAGCAGCCUCGUGUUGACACCGGCAUCUAGCUCCUCCGUUUCUUCAAGUUAUUUGGGAAGCUCCUCGCUCUCGUCUAGUGUUCAAUCGCCCUCAUCGAGCAGCACGCCUGGCAUAUCCUCUACAAUAUCUUCUUCUUCGGAUUUCUCUCAAUCAACCUCAUCCACAAGCGCUGGGACGUCGCUCUCUAGCUUGGAGUCGUCCUCCGUAACAAACAUUUCUUCUGAUACCCUGACACCUACUCCUGGGCCGUCGACAGAAACUACACUCACUUCAAGCCCAACGCCAGACUCCACGUCUUCUUCGUCGGUUUCAGACUCAUCAACUAGCAGCCCGGACGCAAGCUCAACGACUUCAGCUACGGACGUCACAUCGACGAUCUCAAGCUCCACCGAUACUCCGUCUUCGUCGCCUACAACCGUUACAGAGUCUUCACCAGCGAGCACGCCUCAAAUUAGCACCACAAGCGCAAGCAUUGAUACCGCAUCCUCAUCAACUGAAUCCUCGCCUACCAGCAUUCCUGAAGUCAGCACGACAAGCUCAAGCACUGAUACUUCAUCCGCAUCAACCGAAUCUCCGCCAACCAGCACCCCUGAAAUCAGCACAACGAGCUCAAGCGUGGACACGUCAUCCUCAUCAACUGAAUCCUCACCUAUCAGCAGUCCUGAAAUAACCCCAACAAGCUCAAGUAUAGAUGUUUCUUCCACUUCCAUUAGUUCUUCCGAGUCCGAAUCGGUGUCCUUAGCAACGGCUACAGAGUCCCUAACCACUAGCAUAUCUGAAUCUAGCUCACCUUCUUCAGCGGUCGAUACCACUACUAUCUCAUCUACGACAGCACCUACUGCAACCCCUACUUGGAUCCUAAACGGCGGCUUCGAAUCUACAGACAACGGCGGAUACCCGUGGUUCGUUCCUGACAACAGCACCACUGGCUGCACCUGGGACAUUGUCGAAUCGGACACCGAUGCUGUCAACGGAACUCACUACGCCAGAGUGACAUGCACAGCGGCAGGCCAGGGCAUCUACAUCCUACAACCGUUCAACGCCAUUGAAGUCGGAGCCACCUACGUGCUCUCCGUCUGGAUGCGCAAGCUCGCGGUGACCGCAGACAACGCUGGGCUUGGCUGUAUGCUGUCCAUCGUCGGCGGCCCUGGCCUCAUCACUUCAGGCAACCUUGCUUCGGGCGCUGCGUGGGCGAAGCAAACAAAUACCUGGGAGGCGACUUCUUCGGCCGGGACGGGCAUUGCGCUCUACUGUGCCCGUGCUGCCAAUGGCGGUGCGCCAGACGGUACCCCGGUCUACACCUACAUCGACUCGAUCGAGAUGUACCGAGUGCCCGACCGUCCCGAGAUCGUCACUAAUGGCGACCUCGAGGACUCCGCGACAGACCCCUAUCCAUGGUAUGUCCUCUCAAACUCGACAGGCGGGACUAUAGCAGUACAACAAGCCGAUGACACCAACGCGGCCUACAACGGCACCAACUACCUCGCCGUAUCCCUAGACCAGAUCAGCACCACGAUCUACGUCGGCCUCCCGGUGCAGAUAACCGCACCGCUUCGGUACCUGGUAACCUACUACACACGGUCGCCGAGCUACGGCGUUGUAAACCUGAACUGCCGCCUCUGUGUUUCCAACGACGACUACUCACGGAGCACGUGUAUCUCUGUAAAUUCGAUCAGCGCGACUGCGACCUGGGCGCAGAAAACCAACAUCCGGUUCCUGGCGGAUACCUGGAUGACGCAGAUGGUGUUUGUGUGCUCAAGAGGGACCACGAACCCGGAUAUAGUGGGGCAAUAUUUCAUUGAUGAUUUCACGAUGAGUGAGUAUGGUCCGUUUUCAUAGAUGGAGGCAGAUGUAAAAUGCAUUUUGGGCGGCGCCGUGGACUGUAAGAUUCAAAGUACAAACAUAGAUUUCUAAUCGAACACUGAGACGAGAGACUCAUCAACAUCACU